GGCGAUAUAGCGGGUAGAUCGUGAAAAUCCCCCCGUCUUCGGAACCCGAAGCCCCAUAUGCUAACAUGUGGGUCUGAUAUACCUAAAUCCCCGAGUCGGUGCAACUGGAUCUCCCUUUUAGUAUACAUAAAAGACCCAAACAAAAUGGCACGAAGACCAGCACGCUGUUAUCGUUACUGCAAGAACAAGCCCUAUCCCAAAUCCCGGUUCAAUCGCGGUGUCCCAGACGCCAAGAUCCGCAUCUUCGAUCUAGGCCGGAAGAAGGCUUCAGUGGACGAUUUCCCCUGCGCCGUACACCUCGUCUCGAACGAAUAUGAACAGCUGAGCUCCGAAGCACUGGAAGCUGCACGUAUCUGUGCCAACAAACAUCUCGUCAAAACCGCCGGCAAAGAAUCCUUCCACAUGCGCAUCAGAGUACAUCCCUACCACGUAAUCCGAAUCAACAAGAUGCUCAGCGUCGCCGGGGCCGAUCGUCUACAAACAGGCAUGCGCGGCGCAUUCGGGAAACCCGCUGGGAAAGUUGCUCGUGUGAACGUCGGCCAGAUCUUGAUUUCUGUGCGGACUGUUGAUCGGCAUCGUCCCACUGCGAUUGAGGCGCUAAGGAGGUCGAUGUAUAAGUUUCCCGGUCGGCAGAAGGUUGUUGUUAGUAAGAUGUGGGGGUUCACGCAUUUACCCCGUGAGGAAUAUUUGAGGUUGAAGGAGGAGGGUCUGGUGAGGAAUGAUGGGGCUUAUGUGCAGUUUUGUCGGAGGAAGGGGGAGGUUUUGGGGAAUAUGAGGGACUUUCCUGGGGCUUAUAGUCAGGUUGGAAUUGGGGCUUGAGGCUUGAGACUUUGUUGGUGUUAGUUUUAUGUAUGAUCUCUU